AUAACUUCUACUGACUGCAGCCCUCUUACAAGACAUGGAAGGCCUUCGUGGACAACUGGAUGGAGAACUCGACUCUAUAUCACUAAAACGUAUAAUGGUUCAGAUUCAGGAUAAGCUCAUUUCAACACAAGAAAUUGGAGAUGAUAAAUUACAAAUUGUCCAGCAUAUUCUUGACAUAAUUGAAAACAGACAAAGACAGCUUGAAUUAGAUUGCAAAAACUUGGACUUUGGACAAGAACCAGAAAAGCCUGAAGCUUCAAAAGAUAAUCAACCAGAGAGAGCCAGCAAGAGGGCACGGCGGACCAGAAAUGAUCAUGCUUCAAAUCAUAAUGAAAAUUCAAAUGAUAUGCCUACAACACCUCAUAUAGAAAAAAUAAUAACAAAUAAGGGUUCUGCUCAGAAGAAAACUACAAAGAAGAAGAAACGCAAGGCAAGAGUUGAGAGAGAGAGGGAAGAUUCACCCACAGAAAUUCCCAUUGACCCAGAUGAGCCAACAUAUUGCCUUUGUGAGCAGGUUUCAUAUGGAGAAAUGAUUGGUUGUGAUAAUGACUUGUGUCCUAUCGAAUGGUUCCAUUUUUCAUGUGUAGGACUGACCAACAAGCCAAAGGGAAAAUGGUUCUGCCCAAAAUGCAGAGGAGAUAAACCAACUGUUAUGAAACCUCGAGCACAAUUCUUGAAGGAACUGGAAAAGUACAAUAAAGAGAAAGAGGAAAAAUCAUAAACCUCCGGAACUUUCACAAAGAUUAAAGUUUAUUUGGAGUGUGUGUAUGUAAAUAAUUUUAGAAAAUUUUAUGUAUAUUGCAAAAAAUUAUUAUAUAGUAUAGUCUCAUACAUUAGUAUCUUAUGCAUAUUGCACAUGUGCAGUAGGUCCAUCUCAUCUUCUACAACAUCUUGUUAUUUAAUAUCAAGUUAAUACUUUCUUCCAUCUUUGUGAUUGAUGGAUUAAUUUAGUUAUAUUACCAUAAAUACAUCUCAACUACAAGCAGCCUUCACCACCACUUGUAGUUUUAAUGAAUUAGAAUAUAGUAAAUGAAUAAUUUUUCUGGUUUACAGCUUGAUCUCAAGUUUUCAAUUAUUCUUCAAAAUGCAUUAUUGUGAUUUAUCAUUGUUAUCUGUUAUAAUUUGCAGUACAGUACUGAAUAUCCCAGACUUUGUAACUGGAAUUUUAUGAUUUUGUUUAACAUUAUAAUGGACCAUUGACAAAAUGUCUUUCACAUGGUGUACAAUAUCAAAACAUGAAUUUUUGUUAAUUGCCAAAUGGUUACCAGUGAUAAUAUAAAAAAAAUGUAUUGUUUUAAUUUACUUUUUGCAAAAUACAUUAGUAAUGUAUUAUUAAUAUACUUAAUAUUGUAAUAAAUAUUUGUACAGAGAAAUAGGCACAUAAAUUUUAUAUUGAAAAUUUAGUUUUUUCAAAGGACUGCCUACCCAGUGAUAGAUACAGAGCUGUUGGAUAAUACUCUAAGUAUCCAUAGAAGUAUGUAUAGUCAUGUACCUGAUGUAUACAACACAUUUUUGCAGUUAAAAUAAGAUAAGCAUUUUUAGUAAUAUUGUUUCUGUAUAAUGAUCCUCUAAAUAAUUUUUACCAAUGUUCUUGUAUAAUGAUCCAAAAGUUAUUUCUUAUGCUUAUUCUUGGAGUGUAAAUGCAUUAAAUUUAUUAAUGUAUAUAUCAUAUUCCAAUGUUUUAUUAUAGGUAUAGGCUAUAUAUUUAUUUAACCCUUUGACUGUCCAUCACGUAGAACUACGUCAUUGAGGCCAGGGUCCCAGAUGUAGGUAUAUGUCUUGAGUUCAACCCACUUGGAUAAGCUGCAAGCAGUAAAUUUUGGCCUAGAUAUAAGAGAAUAGGUCUGUGCAGUGAGUGUGCACAGUAUAAACAAAAAUUCUGCCGCACGUGGCGCCUGACGGGAAAAACAAAAUUGUGACAAUGUUUGGUGUAGAAUAUUCACUGAGGUGUUUUCCCAAAUGUUGUUUUUUAUGAUUUUAUUGGCUACAUAUUUCUUGGUAUCAUUUGAUAGAAAGGAAGACAUAUUACCAAAAUAAAAAUGAUUGUGAGAUGUUUCGGGAGCUCAAAAUAUUGGAAAUAUUAGAUUUUUGCGAUGUUCAAGCCAUAAACCCUGAGUGUUUUAUGGGUUUUGGAUUUUUAAUAGUCUGAUUCAAUUGUUGGGAUGCUGUAAACCAUGACCAAUCUUUCCUGGCUAUAUUUUAUUAUUUAUUAUUAUGCAGAGAAUUCAUUGUGUGGAAAUUAGGAGGUGUGGAGUUACUGAAAGUAUUAGUCAGAGGGCUGAAGAGAGGCUGUUGAGGUGGUUUGGUCACUUAGAAUGGAACAAAGUAGAAUGACUUGGAGAGCGUAUAAAUCUGUAGGGGAAGGAAGGCGGGGUAGGGGUCAUCCCUGGAAAGGUUGGAGGGAGGGGCUAAAGGGGGUUUUGUGGCGAGGGGCUUGGACUUCCAGCAAGCAUGCGUGAGUGUGUUAGAUGGGAGUGAAUGGAGACGAAUGGUUUUUGGGACCUGACGAGCUGUUGGAGUGUGAGCAGGGUAAUAUUUUGUGAAACCGGUUAGUUGGACUUGAGUCCUGGAAAUGGGAAGUAUAAUGCCUGCACUUUAAAGGAGGGGUUUGGGAUAUUGGCAAUUAGGAGGGAUAUCUAAGCUGUCGUAUCUGAGUACCUCUGCAAAGACAGUGAUUAUGUAUGAGGGAUGGUGAAAGUGUUGAAUGAUGAUGAAAGUUUUUUCUUUCUUUUUAUGUUUUUCUUUCUUUUUGGGUCACUCUGCCUUGGUGGGAAAUGGCCAGUGUGUUAAAAAAAUUAAUAUUUGAAUAAUAAUGAACAAUAUUAUUUGAUUAUAUUAUUUUUAUUAUUAACACACUGGCCGAUUCCCACCAAGGCAGGGUGGCCUGAAAAAGAAAACCUUUCACCAUCAUUCACUCCAUCACUGUCUUGCCAGAAGGGUGCUUUACACUACAGUUUUUAAACUGCAACAUUAACACCCCUCCUUCAGAGUGCAGGCACUGUACUUCCCAUCUCCAGGACUCAAGUCCGGAAUGCCGGUUUCCCUGAAUCCCUUCAUAAAUGUUACUUUGCUCACACUCCAACAGCAUGUCAAGUAUUAAAAACCAUUUGUCUCCAUUCACUCCUAUCAAACACGCUCACGCAUGCCCGCUGGAAGUUCAAGCCCCUCGCACACAAAACCUCCUUUACCCCCUCCCUCCAACCUUUCCUAGGCCAACCCCUACCCCGCCUUCUUCCACUACAGACUGAUACACUCUUGAAGUCAUUCUGUUUCGCUCCAUUCUCUCUACAUGUCCGAACCACCUCAACCCUUCCUCAGUCCUCUGGACAACAGUUUUGGCAAUCCUGCACCUCCUCCUAACUUCCAAACUAUGAAUUCUCUGCAUUAUAUUCACACCACACAUUCCCCUCAGACAUGAAUACAUGUGUAUUAUUAUUUGAGUAAUAAUUCAAAAUGGAAGGGAAGUGUCAUACAGGAGAGGCUUGGGGAUGUGACUAAUGAAAAGAGGAAAUGUUUUAGUGCUAGGAAUGUCUGCAUUAUUUAUUAUGGACUAUUUUUAACCCUUCAACUGUCCAAAUGCAGAUCUAUGUUUGCACUUCUAGCGCUCCGAAUGUAGAUCUACGUUUCGUUUUACAUGCUUUCAAAUGUAAAAAAAAAAAAAAAAGUAGAUCUAUGUUUGGAGCACUAGCAGUGCAAACGUAGAUCUAUGUUUGGACAAUUUAAGGGUUAAACUGGUAUUUUUUUUAAUUUUGUGUAAAAUUGACCAAAUUACCAACUUCUGUGCACUUUAUAAGGUAGUUGAAAUAAUUGAAUAGGCAGUUUCUUUGCAUAAUCAAUAAAAUGAAAGGCAUACUAGUGAAAUAGCUUCGAAUUUGGUCAAAUGGAACAAUGGAAAUGGCUUAAAAUAGGAAUCAAAGUGGGCAAAAUCGCCAAUGCAUGAAUUGUGUCAAGAACCACUAACUUUGUGCCUGUGUAAUUUCAUAGGUUUUUCAUCAAUUUUGUACUUUUGGUGUCAUUACCUACAGAAUAAGAUUCUCUACCUGAAAUUUCAUAAGAAUUUAAAAAAAAAAAAAAGUGGACAGAACAAUAUUAAUUUUUGGGUGUCUGGACAUUGAAAAGGUUAAUAACAG